UUAGUACAGUUUGUUCCAACAUGGAAAUCAAAUAGGAGAUGUAAAAGUUUUUGUCUCGUUCGUGCUUUGUGUGUUCGGGUCAAGUUCGAUCCGGUAGCUCGUUACGAGCUCAGCCCCCAGCAGACGUCCCGCUGUGACCACUGGAGGCUCCCAGCAGCCAAUGCGUCACUUCGCCGCUCAGCCUCCGAUCAUGGCGGAGCCGCAGCACGAAGUGGAGCCUCAACUUCUGAAUGGGGACGACUUGAGCGAGGCGAGAGAGGACGCGGACGCGCCGGGAUGCGCGAAGAAGAAGAGAAGAAAGAAGAAGAGGAGCAAAGCCGCCGGAGCAGCAGGGACAAGCGAGGCCGAGGGCGACGGAGAAGCCGGAGGUGCCGGCGAUGUGAGAAAACAGCUGGAGCUGCAAACGCUGGAUGACAAGGAGAGGGAGGAGGAUGGAGAAGAAGAUGGAGAUGAGGGAGACAACUCAGCUGGAAAGAAAAAGAAGAAGAAGAAAAAGAAGAAAGGAUUGAAGGUACAAACUGACCCUCCCUCAGUCCCGAUUUGCGAGCUGUAUCCCAACGGAGACUUUCCAGUGGGAGAGGAGUGUGAAUAUCCCCCAUCAAAAGACGGGCGCAGCGCGGCGUGGCGCACGAGCAGCGAGGAGAAGCGAGCUCUGGACCGGGCCAACGAGGAGACGUGGAGCGACUUCAGGCAGGCGGCCGAGGCCCACCGGCAGGUCCGCGCCUCCGUCAGGAGCUGGAUCCAACCCGGGUUGACCAUGAUCGACAUCUGCGAGAGGCUGGAGGACUGUUCCAGGAGGCUCAUCAAAGAAAACGGGCUUCUGGCAGGUCUGGCCUUUCCCACCGGCUGCUCCAUCAACCACUGUGCUGCCCACUACACCCCGAACGCAGGCGACCCCACCGUGCUGCGCUACGACGACGUCUGCAAAAUCGACUUUGGAACGCACAUCAACGGUCGUAUAAUAGACUGCGCCUUCACCGUUACCUUCAACCCAAAGUACGACGGGCUGCUGGAGGCCGUGAGAGAUGCAACCAACACCGGCAUCAGGUUUGCAGGGAUUGAUGUUCGUCUCUGUGACGUUGGCGAGACCAUUCAGGAGGUCAUGGAGUCCUAUGAAGUGGAGAUAGACGGGAAAACAUACCAAGUGAAGCCCAUCCGGAACCUCAACGGCCACUCCAUUGGACAGUACAGGAUCCACUCAGGGAAGACGGUCCCUAUAGUUAAAGGUGGAGAAGCCACGAGGAUGGAGGAAGGUGAAACUUACGCUAUUGAGACAUUUGGCAGCACAGGAAGAGGAGCCGUCCACGACGACAUGGAGUGCUCUCAUUACAUGAAGAACUUCAGUGUUGGACACGUGCCUAUAAGACUUCCGAGGGCUAAACAUCUGCUGAACGUGAUCAACGAGAACUUCGGCACGCUGGCGUUCUGCCGCCGCUGGCUGGACCGCCUGGGCGAGAGCAAGUACCUGAUGGCCUUGAAGAAUCUGUGCGACCUUGGCAUCAUAGACCCGUACCCACCUCUCUGCGACAUCAAGGGCAGCUACACCGCCCAGUAUGAGCACACCAUCCUGCUCAGGCCCACCUGCAAGGAGGUGGUGAGCCGGGGGGACGACUACUAAGCAUGCGCCACAGCUCAAGGCAAACCAGGGGGUUUCAGUCUUCACGGACUGAUAGCAAAUAUGCAAUAUUUCUCUGAAAUGAAUCCCCACUGCUUGAGUACCACUAGGAGUUCAUGUUAGCAUGGGCAAACGACCUGCGUCAUGGCAACAGCUUACUGAUAUUUCUAUUCCAAAGGAUGUAACCAAUAGACAAAGGGCAUAUCUUUAUUAAAUCUAGUGCUGAAAAUGUAUUCAGUUAUGUUUUAUUGUGCUGCAAUAGCAAAAGGAAAAGCAAAGGAAACAUAUGCAAGAGAUUCAUGCAAAAAAGCCUUUGGCAAGUACAGUAACUUUGCUUUGACAUGAGCCUUGUUGGGAGGAAAAACAACUGCUAUGAAAUAUUUCUAUUUCUAAAUUUCUUUGCGUUUAAUUUGAGUUUUUAUAAGAAAUAAAUUGUUAUAAAUCA